AUGAAAGAUCAAACGUAUCAAAAGUUUGCCAAGUUAUCGGAAUUACAUGAUGGUGUUCAUAUCUUAGUAUAUGGGAAGGAGCAAGUCGGUGAUGUUCACCAUAAGUCUAUUGCAGGACACAAUGACUAUCCAUCGAAUGGAAAAGAUGUAGAACGCCCGCCGGCUCACCCUCCUUCUAAUGUGAAAGAUAGAGAGCGGCCGCCAGCUCACCCUCCUUCAAAUGGGAAAAAUAGAGAACGCCCGCCGGCUCACCCUCCUUCUAAUGUGAAAGAUAGAGAGCGGCCGCCAGCUCACCCUCCUUCAAAUGGGAACAAUAGAGAACGCCCGCCGGCUCACCCUCCUUCAAAUGGGAAAAAUAGAGAACGCCCGCCGGCUCACCCUCCUUCAAAUGGGAAAGAAAGAGACCAACCGCCAGCUCACCCUCCUUCGAUUGCAAAAGAUAAAGACAGGCUGACAGCUCACCCUCCUUCAAAUGGGAAAAAUAGAGAACGCCCGCCGGCUCACCCUCCUUCAAAUGGGAAAAAUAGAGAACGCCCGCCAGCUCACCCUCCUUCAAAUGUGAAAGUGAAAGAUAGAGACCAGCCGCCAGCCCACCCUCCUUCGAAUGUGAAAGUGAAAGAUAGAGACCAGCCGCCAGCUCACCCUCCUUCAAAUGUGAAAGUGAAAGAUAGAGACCAGCCGCCAGCCCACCCUCCUUCAAAUGUGAACGUGAAAGAUAGAGACCAGCCGCCAGCCCACCCUCCUUCAAAUGUGAACGUGAAAGAUAGAGACCAGCCGCCAGCUCACCCUCCUUCGAAUGUGAACGUGAAAGAUAGAGACCAGCCGCCAGCUCACCCUCCUUCGAAUGUGAAAGUGAAAGAUAGAGACCAGCCGCCAGCCCACCCUCCUUCGAAUGUGAACGUGAAAGAUAGAGACCAGCCGCCAGCCCACCCUCCUUCGAAUGUGAACGUGAAAGAUAGAGACCAGCCGCCAGCUCACCCUCCUUCGAAUGUGAACGUGAAAGAUAGAGACCAGCCGCCAGCCCACCCUCCUUCGAAUGUGAACGUGAAAGAUAGAGACCAGCCGCCAGCUCACCCUCCUUCGAAUGUGAACGUGAAAGAUAGAGACCAGCCGCCAGCUCACCCUCCUUCGAAUGUGAACGUGAAAGAUAGAGACCAGCCGCCAGCCCACCCUCCUUCGAAUGUGAAAGUGAAAGAUAGAGACCAGCCGCCAGCCCACCCUCCUUCGAAUGGGAAAGCUCACCAUGUAUCUGAGGGUAAAGGUAAAGAGCAGAUUCCAGCUCACCGUCUAUCGGAGGUAAAUGUUAAUAGCUCCCCAACAGAUCAGCCUCUUGGAGAGAAUGAAGGAGGCCUCCCAUCAGAGAAGGAGAGGUCUUCAUUGAUUUUCAUCGUGUUGUAG